UGCCUCCGGCUGCCCCGAGCGGAGAGGCGGCGGCGUGUGCGUGCGGGAGUUGCUUCAGGAAUUUACAAUAAAACCAGAAUUUAACCAGGUAUGGAGCUGGCUCAUAGUUUGUUACUGAACGAGGAAGCAUUAGCUCAAAUCACAGAAGCAAAGAGACCAGUCUUUAUCUUUGAGUGGUUAAGAUUUUUGGAUAAAGUGCUGGUAGCUGCUAACAAGACAGAUGUCAAGGAAAAACAGAAGAAACUUGUAGAACAGCUAACAGGACUGAUCAACAGUUCCCCUGGGCCACCUACGCGAAAACUACUAGCAAAAAAUCUUGCUGCUCUCUACAGCAUUGGAGACACAUUUACUGUUUUUCAGACGCUUGACAAGUGUAAUGACAUCAUCAAGAGCAAAGAUGAUACUGCAGCCUACCUGCCCACAAAACUGGCUGCUGUGGCAUGUGUUGGAGCAUUUUAUGAAAAAAUGGGCAGAAUGCUGGGUAGUUCUUUUCCGGAAACAGUGAAUAAUCUUUUAAAGUCUCUGAAGAGUGCAGAGUCUCAGGGCCGCAGUGAAAUUCUGAUGAGUUUACGGAAAGUCCUAAAUGGACUUGGAGGAGCAGCAGCUUCUUGUCACCGUGAUAUUUAUAAGAAUGCCCGAUCUCUGUUGACGGAUAGAUCUAUGGCUGUACGAUGCGCAGUGGCUAAGUGUCUGCUGGAAUUACAGAAUGAAGCAGUGUUUAUGUGGACAGCUGAACUAGAGAAUGUUGCAACACUGUGCUUUAAAGCUCUGGAAAACUCAAAUUAUGGUGUGCGAGUUGCAGUGUCAAAGCUUUUGGGCACGGUCAUGGCUACAGCACUGAUACCGAAACAAGCAACAGUGAUGCGACAGAAUGUGAAGAGAGCCACACUUGAGGAGGUCUUGGAGCUCAUGGCCACAGGAUUUCUGCGAGGAGGAUCGGGUUUUCUAAAGAGUGGUGGAGAGAUGUUAAAAGUAGGAGGAUCUGUCAAUAGGGAAGUGCGAGUUGGUGUUACCCAGGCGUACGUUGUCUUUGUUACAACAUUAGGAGGUCAGUGGUUGGAGCGCAACUUUGCUACGUUUUUGUCUCAUGUACUUGAUCUGGUCUCCCAUCCUCGUGCAACUCAGACCCAUGUGGAAGCAGUUUACUCUCGAAGAUGCGUGUCCUUUAUCCUGAGAGCAACUGUGGGCAGCUUACUUGGGGAGAAAGCACAGAUUGCAGCUGCGAAAGAUAUAUGUCAAGCUAUUGGUAAACAAAUGAAGGCAGUGGAAGCAGUUGUGAAUGAUGCUAACAGUGAAAAUAAAUCAGGAGCUGCUGAUGUAGCUGCAAGCCAGCAUGUAAUGGUGUGUGCCCUCCAGGAACUGGGUAGUCUGGUUCAGAGCCUGAAUGCCACUGCAUCUCCUCUUAUUCAAGAACCCUCUAUUGGUCUGUUGGAGACAGUAACUUCAGUUCUUCUUCAUCCCAGCAUGGCUGCUCGGCUUGCUGCCGCAUGGUGCUUGCGGUGUGUAGCUGUGGCAUUGCCUUUUCAGUUGACUCCAUUUUUAGAUAGAUGUGCAGAAAGACUCAACAAUCUGAAGACCUCCCCUGAAGCUGUUAGUGGCUACAGUUUUGCAAUGGCUGCUUUGUUAGGUGGUGUGCAUCAGUGUCCCUUAGGUAUUCCUCACGCCAAAGGAAAGAUGGUGGUCAGUAUUGCUGAGGAUCUGUUACGAACUGCUGCACAAAACAGCAGACUCUCCUUGCAGCGAACUCAAGCUGGAUGGCUUUUACUUGGAGCACUUAUGACUUUAGGUCCUUCCGUUGUUCGGUAUCAUCUGCCUAAGAUGUUAUUGCUAUGGCGAAACGUGUUUCCACGUUCUCUGAAGGAGUUGGAAGCAGAGAAGGCAAGAGGAGAUUCUUUUACCUGGCAAGUAACACUGGAAGGUCGCGCUGGAGCUCUGUGCGCUAUGAGAAGUUUUGUUGCUCACUGUCCUGAGCUCCUUACUGAGGAUGUAAUCAGGAAAUUGAUGACACCCAUAGAAUGUGCCAUGACAAUGAUGUCGCACAUUCCAUCAGUAAUUAAAGCCCAUGGAGCUCAUCUCAAAGCUAGUGCAGCUAUGGUCCGUUUAAGACUUUAUGAUAUAUUGGCUUUAUUACCUCCGAAGACAUAUGAAGGAUCAUUUAAUGCACUUCUUCGAGAGUUGGUAGCAGAAUUUACUUUGACAGACAACUCUGCUAAUACAACCACAUCACUCCUAAGAUCUCUUUGUCAUUAUGAUGAUAGUGUUCUUCUUGGCUCUUGGCUGCAGGAAACAGAUCAUAAGUCAAUUGAAGACCAGCUUCAGCCAAACAGUGCAUCUGGAAGUGGUGCUUUGGAACAUGAUCCAUCUUCUAUUUAUCUACGCAUCCCUGCUGGUGAAGCUGUACCUGGUCCCCUUCCUUUAGGAGUAUCUGUCAUCGAUGCAUCUGUGGCUCUCUUUGGUGUGGUUUUUCCUCAUGUCUCUUACAAACAUAGAUUACAGAUGUUGGAUCACUUCGCUGAAUGUGUCAAGCAGGCUAAAGGUGUUCGCCAGCAAGCUGUGCAACUUAAUAUCUUUACUGCUGUUCUUAGUGCCUUGAAGGGUUUAGCUGAGAAUAAAAGCACGUUAGGACCAGAAGAAGUCCGCAAAUCUGCUCUGACGCUGGUAAUGGGUGCCCUUGAUAAUCCUAACCCUAUUUUGAGAUGUGCAGCAGGUGAAGCUCUUGGCAGAAUGGCUCAAGUGGUUGGAGAAGCCUCUUUCAUUGCUAGAAUGGCUCAAUACAGUUUUGAUAAGUUAAAAUCUGCUCGAGAUGUUGUAUCAAGAACGGGCCAUUCUUUGGCUCUGGGCUGUCUCCAUCGGUAUGUUGGUGGAAUAGGUUCUGGACAGCAUCUGAAAACUAGUGUCAGUAUUCUCUUGGCUUUGGCACAAGAUGGAACAUCUCCUGAAGUCCAGACCUGGUCUCUCCAUUCACUUGCCCUGAUAGUAGAUUCUAGUGGACCAAUGUACCGUGGCUAUGUGGAGCCAACGCUUUCUCUAGUUCUUACUCUGCUCUUAACUGUUCCACCAUCACAUACGGAAGUACAUCAAUGCUUAGGCCGAUGUCUUGGAGCUAUAAUAACUACUGUUGGGCCUGAGCUGCAAGGUAACGGAGCUACAAUUUCAACAAUCCGUUCUUCCUGUUUGGUGGGAUGUGCAAUCACACAAGACCAUUCAGACUCGCUUGUUCAGGCAGCUGCCAUAUCCUGCCUCCAGCAGCUUCAUAUGUUUGCACCACGGCAUGUCAACCUGUCCAGUCUGGUUCCCAGUCUUUGUGUUCAUUUGUGCAGUUCCCACUUGCUGCUUCGCCGGGCUGCAGUUGCAUGUUUACGACAGCUUGCUCAGAGGGAAGCAGCAGAAGUAUGUGAAUAUGCCAUGAGCUUAGCAAAAAAUGCUGGAGACAAAGAAAGCAGUGGCAUCAAUAUUAAUCCUUUCACACCAGGAGCUGGUUCUCGGCGAGAUGCUCAUUCCCGGCAUCAGGGGGUUAAUAUAACAGAGACAGGCCUCGAAGGUGUCCUUUUUGGAAUGUUGGAUCGGGAGACUGAUCGGAAGUUGUGCUCAGAUAUCCACGAUACUCUGGGACAUAUGCUUUCAUCACUGGCAGUAGAAAACCUUUCUCACUGGCUAAUGCUUUGUAAGGAUGUCCUUGCAGCUUCCAGUGACAUGAGCACUGCUGCUCCCUUGGGCGGAGGGAAGGAUGAAGAAUCCGAGAAGAAGGAUGAGAUGGACGACGAUACAAUGUUUACCACCUUGGGCGAAGAGGAUAAAUCCAAGCCUUCUGUAGCACCUCGCUGGGCAACUCGUGUGUUUGCAGCAGACUGUCUGUGCCGAGUUAUCAUGCUGUGUGAGAAUGCGAACAAGGCGCACUUUGAUCUGGCACUGGCUCGUUCAGCCAGACUUAAAAACCCAAAAAAUGACUUCUUAGUACUCCAUCUCUCUGACCUUAUUCGAAUGGCAUUCAUGGCUGCAACUGAUCACAGCAACCAGUUACGAAUGGCGGGUCUUCAAGCUCUUGAAGACAUUAUCAAGAAAUUUGCAUUGGUUCCUGAGCCAGAGUUUCCAGGCCAUGUGAUACUGGAGCAGUAUCAGGCUAAUGUUGGAGCUGCUCUGAGGCCAGCUUUUUCCCAAGAUACACCAUCUGAUAUAACUGCAAAGGCCUGCCAGGUAUGUAGUGCUUGGAUAGGAAGUGGCGUUGUAAGUGACCUGAAUGAUCUCCGCCGAGUUCACAAUCUUCUUGUCUCUUCCCUGGAUAAAGUGCAAGCAGGAAAGGGAUCUUCUAGCCAGCUUUACCGAGAGAGUGCAACUACUAUGGAAAAACUUGCAGUUCUGAAAGCAUGGGCUGAGGUGUACGUUGUUGCCAUGAAAAUUAAGAAAGAAGCAGAGACCAAACCAAAGCGUGUUUCAAAGAGCACAGAGGAGGAUGAGGAUGAUUUUGGUACUGUAGAUGAGUUGCCACCAGACAGUUUGAUAACACUUGUACAACCUGAACUGCCUGCACUUAGCCGUCUCUGGUUAGCUGCACUGAAAGAUUAUGCUCUUUUAACUUUACCAGCUGAAUUUGCUACCCAGCUUCCACCAGAUGGGGGAGCAUUUUACACUCCAGAAACAAUUGAUACAGCUAGACUGCAUUACCGAAACUCCUGGGCUCCCAUACUACAUGCAGUAGCGCUUUGGCUAAACAGUACAGGAUUUAAUGCUUCAGAGUCAACAGAAGAGACUGCUGCAGCAAUGCCCAAUUCACAGAAACGUGCUACAGCCAUUAUGUUAAACCAGACACCUGGAACUCCACCUGCUGCUAAAUCUUUGCCGGAGAUAAACAAAGACCGAAUGCACUUAAUUUUGGGUGUUAGUAUACAGUUUCUGUGUUCCCCACGACCUGAAGAGCCUGUUGAGCAUGUUACAUCUUGUUUACAAGCACUUCAUACUUUAUUGGAUUCCCCUUGUGCCAGGAUCCAUAUUGCAGAGGAUCAGCUCCUUGGUGUUGAACUCUUGAGUGUGCUUCACCGACUCCUCCUGACCUGGGAUCCUCCUUCAGUGCAGCUACUGGUUACAGGAGUUGUCCAGCAGAUAGUAAGAGCAGCUCAAGAUUAUUUGCAGGAAAAAAAGAACACCCUAAAUGAAGAUGAUAUUGAGGAAAAAGAAAAUCAUCUUGCUUUAGGAGAAGGGGGUGAGAGUGGUGGUCUUGUGCCUGGAAAAUCUCUAGUCUUUGCAGCCAUGGAAUUGCUCAUGUUUAUCCUAGUACGGCACAUGCCCCAUCUGAGUUCAAAAGUGUCAGAUUCUCCAAGUCACAUUGCUGCCAAAUCCCACCUUUCUGAGGAAAGUGCUCGUCUUGUGGCUGCCACUGUUACUAUACUGUCUGACCUGCCUUCUCUGUGUUCCCCAGCAGGAUGUAUGACAAUCUUACCCACUAUCCUAUUUCUUAUUACAAGAGUAUUGAAAGAAACAGCAGUAAAAUCAGCAGAUAAUCAGGUCCCACCUCCAGUCAGUGCAGCCCUUCAAGGGAUAAAAACUAUUGUUACCCUUCCAACAGUCAAGACUGAUGAAACUCAGAAACAGUGGACAGGUCUUAUCCGCAGCACCCUGGCAUCUAUCUUGGAAUACUCUCAACCUGAAGCCUCUAAGCCUAUUCUUGAUGAAGUAAGCAUACUUACAGCUAUUGCUCUCUUCCUUUGGUCAGCAAGCACUGAAAUAAUUGGAGUGCAGUCUUUACAAAAUGGAUGUAUGAACAGAUUUAAAAGUGCAUUAAAUUCCUGUGAUCCUUGGGUUCAAGCCAAGUGUUACCAGCUUCUGCUUUCUGUGUUCCAACACACCAAUCGUGCCCUGUCAACUCCAUAUAUUCAUUCAUUGGCCCCUAUCAUGGUUGAGAAGUUGAAAGCUGUGGAAAGGAGCCGCCCAAACAACAACCUGGAGCUGUUAGCAGUCCAGGAAGGAAUUAAAGUCCUUGAAACGUUGGUUGCCCUUGGUGAGGAGCAGAAUAGAGUACAGUUGCUUGCCCUUCUCGUUCCCACUCUGAUUUCCUAUUUACUGAAUGAAAAUGCCUUUGCUUCUGCAUCUACAGCAUCUAAGGAUCUUCAUGAAUUUGCACUUCAGAAUCUAAUGCACAUUGGUCCACUUUACCCACAUGCUUUCAAGACAGUAAUGGGAGCUGCUCCUGAAUUAAAAACGCGUCUAGAAACUGCAGUCCGAGCAAGUCAGGCCAGCAAAGCAAAAGCAGCUGCUAGGCAACCACCACCCACAGUACAUUCCACCCCAACAAUUAAACUGAAAACUAGCUUUUUUUGAAUUACUUUUAUUAUUUUUGGACCAUUAAGUAGCCAGAAGCAUUACAUUACCCCCGUUGUGUUACUGCAUAUAUGUCUGUAAUUUUGUGUAAUUUGUAUGUGAAAGGCUGUCUAAUAGAGCUUCGUGUAAUUACUUGAAAUCCAUGCAUUACAAGGGAAGUGGUGUUACUUGUAUAGAUUUUUAGGAAAUUGAAUGUGAUCAUAUUUAUGAAUUUGUGUUAUAAAUUAUCCACCAAAAAAACCCCUAUUCUCUAUCUGACUAAAUAGUUUUAUUUAUUUUUAAAAGCUACCCCAAACCUUUGACUGGUUUUUGAAAUCUGGUGAUUGUUAUCGUACCAUUGUGUCAACACAACCAACACAGUGGGGAUGGAGGGAAGAAGGGAGUGUUACCAAGUACUUACCAUGUACAUGGGGAAUUUCAUGUGUAGAAGUAUGCACUUUUUCCUUUUAAAAACAAAGUAGGGAAGGGGAUUGUCAGACAUU